UCUCUCUCUCUCUCUUGUCCAACAUCAGCAUCAGCAUCAGCACCCCUUUUAGCCGUCUAAGGAGUUAUCAACAUCCAAUAUUGAUACUCAGCUCCCCAGAAUUCAUUCAUCUUUCUUUUACUUUCAUCAGUAGAUUCAGUACUAGAGCAAAUCUUUGAAAAGGGUUGUUAAAUUUACUAAAGUUUGAUAGAAUUGUAAGACGAAAGACGAUAAAAUAUGGCUGGAGGAGAUGGAGGAAGAUCCUUGGAGCAAACGCCGACGUGGGCUGUCGCCGUCGUGUGUUUUGUUUUGGUUGCGAUUUCAAUUUUGAUUGAGCAUAUUCUCCAUCUAAUUGGCAAGUGGUUAAAGUCAAAGCAUAAAAGAUCCCUUUAUGAAGCUCUGGAAAAGAUCAAAUCAGAGCUUAUGUUGUUGGGAUUCAUUUCCUUGCUCCUUACGGUAGGACAAGGUCCAAUAACCAAAAUAUGUAUAUCCAAAGAAGCUGGAGCUACAUGGCAUCCGUGCAAUAAGAGGCAAGAAGCAAAUUUGGACAAGUAUUCUGGUAAAAGUCAUGGAGAAGACGGACGGAGACGACUUCUAUCAGAUGACGGGGCUCGGCGUAUUCUGGCUUCGGGAGGGGCCGAUAAAUGUGAAGCCAAGGGGAAAGUAUCGUUUGUGUCAACAGAUGGUAUACAUCAGCUGCAUAUUUUCAUCUUCGUCUUGGCCGUUUUUCAUGUCCUCUACUGUAUCUUGACCUAUGCCUUGGGGAGAGCCAAGAUGAGCAGCUGGAAGGCAUGGGAGAAGGAAACAAAGACUGCUGAAUACCAGUUCUCACACGAUCCUGAGAGAUUCAGAUUUGCCAGAGAAACCUCUUUUGGAAGAAGGCACUUGAGCUUCUGGAGCAGGACCCCCUUUCUACUUUGGAUUGUCUGCUUCUUCAGGCAAUUUGUCAGGUCGGUGCCCAAAGUUGAUUACUUGACCCUAAGGCAUGGAUUUAUCAUGGCACAUUUGGCGCCUCAAAGCCACGCAAAUUUUGACUUCCAGAAGUACAUCAAUAGAUCACUGGAAGAGGAUUUCAAAGCGGUUGUUGGUAUCAGCCCUCCGAUCUGGUUAUCCGGGGUGAUCUUCCUCCUCUUCAAUACUCAUGGCUGGUAUUCAUAUCUGUGGCUGCCAUUUGUCCCACUGGUGAUAAUCUUGUUGGUUGGGACCAAGCUACAAGUGAUUAUAACCAAAAUGGGCCUAAGCAUUCAAGAAAGAGGUGAAGUUGUGAAAGGCGUGCCAGUGGUUCAGCUUGGAGACGACCUCUUCUGGUUCAAUCGUCCACGACUCAUUCUUUACCUCAUCAACUUCGUCCUCUUCCAGAAUGCAUUUCAAUUGGCCUUCUUUGCCUGGACUUGGUAUGAAUUUGGGUUGAGAUCUUGUUUCCACGAGCACUUGGAGGAUAUUAUAAUCAGAAUAUCGAUGGGGGUUCUCAUACAGAUUCUUUGCAGCUAUGUCACCCUUCCUCUAUAUGCCCUUGUAACGCAGAUGGGUUCCACAAUGAAACCAACAAUAUUCAACGAAAGAGUGGCCACAGCCUUGAAAAACUGGCAUCACACAGCAAAGAAACACAUCAAAGAAAGCAAGCAUUCAGGGCUUGCAUCCCCAAUCUCAAGCAGAGCAGCCACACCAUCCCACCACCUAUCCCCUGUCCAUCUCCUCCGCCGCUACAAGAGCGAACUCGACAGCCUCCAAACAUCUCCAAGAAAAUCAAACUUCGACAUUGAACAAUCGGAGCCCGAGUCACCUUCUCCCAGCCAAUUCCACCAGGGAAGUAUUGAUCAUGUUUCUUCUUCCCAACACCAGCACAAUAUUGAACUUGGAUUCUUGGACCACGACGGUACUGAUGUUCAAGCGCCUAACUUGUCAUCACAAGUGGCUCCUCUGCCUGAACACGAAAUCAAUACUCGUCAUUCAAAUAGUGGAAAAUCAAGCGAAUUUUCAUUUAUUCAAAGGAAUGCUAGUAAAUAGAUUGAUUGAUACACGAGGGCAGUGAGGUCCAGAGGCUUCUUUUCAUUUGUAUAUAAAUUGGAGGAAGCCGGGUUCUUGGCAAAUUGCAAGUCGCUGUCGAGGAUAAACGCUGGCAAUAGCAAAAGAUCAGCGAAACGGACAUAACGAUUGACGCCACGCCGGCCCAUAACAUACGUCUAUCAGCAAUUGAGAGGAUUUUGAGAUUUGUUUUUACUAUCAUUUGUUUAUCUGCUUUGUAAAGCAAAAAUUUUCGUUGCAGAUUUAAGGCAACUUGUUUUGUAUACAUAAUAAUAAUACAAUGAGAAACUGAAGAAA